UGCGUGGCCAAUCAAACGCCUGGCGCGCGCUGUGCUGAUCUGUCAUAGUUUUAGUUAAAAAAAAAAAAAAUCUUGGAAUUUUUUUUUUUCACAUAACCCUGCGUCCCGGAAUGUCGUCGUUUGUCACCGAAGUCCUCGCCAGUUCUGGCAAACUGGAGAAAGAGGACCUGUCCAGUAAAAUCAGCAAAAUGUCGCGCAAGAUAGAAGAUACAAAGGAAGAAGUAUGUGGCAUGAUAAACAAGCGAUAUAGUGACUUCCUACCAAGUCUGCAAGCAUCUGAGGACCUGAUGGUGCAGGUUGACGAGGUCUCCAAAGAGAUGGACGACCUUAAAGAUUUUAUUGAGACAGAGGUUCAACUAAAUAUUGAUUCUGCCGUGGCUGAGUAUACAAAGUUGAAGCUGCAGCUGGAGAAAAACACAAUCAUCAUCACUAUUCUCGGACACCUCAAAGAUUUUCACAAUGCAAUGGAGAAAUUCAACAAAGCCCUUCAAGAAAAGAAGUAUGUGGAUGCCGCUAAACAGCUGAAAAGCGCGAGAGCAAGCGUGGAAUCUCUCAAAGGCUGCAAAACGAUGCAGCUUCCAAUUAUUAGCACGCUUAGCUCAGAGUUGACAGUACAGAAGGAAAACCUGAUGUAUCAUCUGGGAGAUGAAUGGAAGCGCCUCAUCAUCUGGAAAUUACCGUCCUUAAAGGGCCCUGCAGGCAUGGACUCCUUCCUGAAGGUGGAGCUGUGCCUAUGCCUUUCACCCGAAAAGGACAGUGAACCAGAACCACCUGCCGUGCUGUGCAGCGUCCUGCAAGCUUUGGCCAUCCAGGGAGACCUUCAGCACAAGAUCAAACUCUUCAGUCAGGUGCUCUUGAAGUACAUGUUGAAGCCGGUGGUGAUGCACCCAUUUCUGUCGGUGUUGGUGUCUGAGCAGCAGGGAAAGGGGAUCGUCCUGACCUUCGAGCAAUUGAAGGGAUCUCAAAAGGAGCGCGCCGCUCCGUCGCAGGUCUAUAGCAAAUUGCUCUUGCUGCUCAAGACGCUUCACUCAAACCUACUAAAUGUGACAAUUAACGAUAAAAAGCUGUCGACCAUCUUUGGAGAGCUGAUAUGGGAGGAGCUUUCCCGAUGCAUCAUCCACGAGUGCCUGCUCUACUCCAUCCCUACCAACAGCAGCCAACUGGAAAAAUACAACAUCGUUAUCAUGGAGACGGAAGAGUUUGAGACGGCUCUUAAGGAGAUGGAGUUUCUGCCGGGUGAGUCUACAGACCUGCUGAAAUACGCCAGAGACGUUAACUGUCACUUCGCCAGCAAGAAGUGCAAGGACGUCAUCGUGGCGGCACGCAAACUCAUGACGUCUGAAUUGCACAACACCAUUAAGGUCACGCCUGAGUCCAAGCUACGUCUCUCCAAGCUUCCUGUUCCUGAGUCGUGUUCGCUGGUGAAGCAGGAAGCCCCGAGCGAGCCGGCGGCCACCCCCCUGGAGAACGCCAGUCAGCUGUCGGCAUGGAGCAUGUGUCUGCCGGCGUGUCGCGUCAGCGAGUCGGUGCAGCAGCUGAUGGAGCUGGCUCUCAACACGCUGGGCGAGGCUAUCAAAAGUUCCGCACAAUGUGCUUCCCAGCUUUUCUUCACCGUCCGAAAUAUCUUCCAACUCUUCUACGAUGUUGUGCCGACAUAUCACAAAGAGAACCUUCUCAAGUUUCCCCACCUGGCGGCCAUCCAGCACAACAACUGCAUGUACCUUGCCCACCACCUCCUCACCCUGGGCCACCAUUUUAGACCCCACCUGCCGCAGCCACUCAGCCAGGGCGUGGUCACCUUUGUCGACAUGGUGCCAGGAUUCAGGAAAUUAGGCGCUCAGUGCUUUCUUACACAGCUGAACAUCCAGAGGGCAGAGCUGUUGGAGCGACUCUCCACCGCUCAAAACUUCUGCAACCUGGAUGACCCUGACAACUACACGGCAGCCAGCAAGGCCGUGAGGCAGGUGAUCCAUCAGUUAAAGCAGCUGGGGACGGUGUGGCAGGAUGUCCUUCCGGUCGGCAUCUACUGCAAAGCCAUGGGGACCCUCCUGAACACGGCCAUCAUGGAAAUCAUUGCCAAGAUCAUGAUCCUGGAGGAUAUCUCUUCGGAGGACGGCGAGCACCUGCACACGCUCUGCCAGACGGUCAUCGACGAGGGCCCGCUGGUCUUUGUACCGCUGACUGACGAGCACAAAAACAAGAAGUAUCAGGAGGAGGUACCACUUUAUGUCAAAAAGUGGAACACCUUCAAGGAGCUUGUCAUCAUCCUGCGUGCCAACCUCCAGGAGAUUGUUGACAGGUGGGCAGACAGUAAAGGUCCUCUGGCGUUGGAGUUCACAAGCACAGAGGUGAAGAGUUUAAUCCGAGCCUUGUUCCAGAACACGGAAAGAAGAGCCCUGGCUAUGACCAAAAUCAAAUAAAGGUUUGGAGGAGGAAACGACCACAAUGAAAGACUGAAACACUUUUUUUAAAACUUUCAUUUCCCUUCUCUGUCCGAUUUGUACAGACUAAGCCACAACAUUAGGCACAUCUGAACCCAAAGUCUGAAACGUGAUUUUUUUGGGGGGUGGGGGGGAGCAUCUUUGGCCCCAUCUUGUGGCUCUAAUUUGAUAUGCUAAAAAAAUGAUCACGCCCGAGGAAAAACAACCAAAGACAAAGACGGAAGGCAUGAAUUACGAGCUGUCAAUUGUUUCUCUCGCACAGAAGAAUAAACUUCAAAUCGAUACCAGGU